GCCUGAUAUUUUUUUACGAGGUUGCUGGAAGUUUCAUGAAAACAAAGUUUAAGGAACAAUUUGAACGGAGCACUUUAAUAUUGUCUCUAAAAUGCAUUUUAAUACUGCUUUAAAUUGUCAUAUAAAACACAAAGAUCUUCGUUUGUUUUGUUUAUUUCAUUUUACAAAACUCAUCCCUUAUUUUGAGUAGUUCUGCUCCUGAACAUUUUUUUCCUGUACCUUCAUUUUCGUCCUUAUUGUUUUGUCAAAUUCAGCUGACAUAAAACAAACCUUUUUAAUGCGAAUUAUAUCUUUAAAUUUAAAGAGAUAUUUAUUGAACAUUCGGUCAUUUACUCAUUGUUUGAGUUUAUUCUGUUUGACACAAUAUAAGAUAUUUUGAAGAAUGCUGAAAACCUAAAACUAAUAUGGAAUUCAGUGGUUACUGGUUUCCAACAAUUUUCAGUGUACUUUUUCUCUUGUGGUGUUUUGUGUCUUUUGUAAACAAAUAAAGAGUGAGUAAAUGAUGACAGAAUUUUCAUUUUGGGUGAAACAUCCCUUUAAGCUACAUUUAUGAUAAAACCAUGAAUAAAUGAUUCCCAAUAAAGGUCAACAUAAUGCAGAAUAGCCUAACAACAUGUUUUCUAUUGACAAUAUUUGCUAAUAUUUCUAUUAGCAUGUGUUCCAUUCUUGUUUUAAAAGUCUCUUUGUUCAGUUUUCUAAGACAAAACCUCCAUAUUCAGUUAGCAUAAAUGCAUCAUGAUGUGAUGAAUAUAUUUAUGUUGGAAAAUGACAUGACAUGAUGACAUUCUUUGAUAUUUUGCUGUGCAUGUAACAUAAUUACUUUAUACAUUUUGGACUUUAUUCGGAUUGUUUAUUUUUUUUUAGGACCUAAUUUUUGAGAACAUUUUAAGACCUUCCAACGCUUUGAUAUAGGUGUUGAAAACAUUUUUUCUACAUAAUUUCAUGAAUAUCAUAAAUUCUUCCCCCACACUUUUUCCACAUUCAUUUUUUCUUCAGGGAUUGCAGCAGAAUUAACCGCCUGUAAUUUAAAAUCCUGUAAUCAAAAAAAAUGUGUUCAUGCUUUACUUUAAGACCUUACGUUACCCUGAUGACAAUCAGGUGACUCGCAUAGUGUGUCAGUCACACCUAGGAUCGCACCCUUCAUUCCUUUUUUUCCCAGAUCAGGCAGUGCAAGUUCUCAUGCUGUGAGGUGUUUGUUACACAAGUAGUUUACUGUAUGUUUCUGUCUGUUUCCAUAAAUAAUUGUAACUAUUUGUUAACCUUGUUUUAUUAGCCACAGAAGUGCUAUAUUUUAAUGAUACAAUCAAAAGGACAUUUUCAACGUAUAAUAAUUAAUUAUUCAUAUUCAUUCAUUUUUAUAUAGCACUUUUAUGGACACUCAAAGCACUUUACACAUCGGGGGAUUCUCCUCAUCCACCACAAGUGUGCAGCAUCCACUUGGAUGACACGAGGGCAGCCAUAUUUGCCCAGCCCGCACAAAACACACCAGCUGAUUGGUGGAUAUGAGAUUUAUGAUUGAAUUAUGCCAAUAUAAUAAGGGGAGGGUUAAGAGGCCAUGAAUGACACAGACCAGCGAGCAAAUUUGGCUAGGAUUCCAGGGUUAAACCCCUUCUCUUUUUCGAAAGACAUCCUGGGAUUUUUAACGACCACAGAGUCAGGACCUCAUCCGAAAGACUGCUCACUGAGCAGUAUAGUGUCCCAUUCGCUUUACUGGGGCAUUAGGACCCACACAGACUGCAGGUUGAGCACUACCUGCAGACCUCACUAACACCACUUUCAGCAGCAACCUAGCUUUCCCAUGUGGUCUUUCAUCCAGGUACUGACCUGGCGCAGCCCUGCAUAACUUCAGUGGUUGACCAUGUGAGUUGCAGAGAGCUAGCUGCCAACAUUACAUACAUACUCUUAGGUAAUGUUGUAACAACUUAAACUGUGAAGCAGAAAUUUAGGUUAGUAUAGAAAGUGUAACACUCGUUUGCUACAUUAUGCAAUUCAGAAGGUUUUGUUAUCUUUUUUUUAUUGUUUAUCAAAUGGAUGAUCUCACAGUGACUUGUUUAUUACAAUAAUUCAAUCUGUGUGUUAAUGUGUGGUUUGAGGUACUUAUUUCCCUCCUUAACUGUUGAAUAUAAUAGCAUGGACUCGUGUAAGAUGCAUAUAAUUUUGUUCCAUGUUUAUUCAAUAACUGUACACCAAAAAUGUAAAUAUUUAAAAAAUAAAAUGCAAAUACUUGCACCUUUCCCUGACAAAAUAAUAUCAAAGAUGUAUUUUAUGUCUUUGUAAUUUGUUUCUCAAUAUGUUAUGUUUAUUUGCAGUAUCUACCAUUAUUGGGAUUGCAGCUGGAGCUGCUGGUGCCGUUGCUUUGACCCCGCUGGCGCUCGGCAUGGUCGGGUUUUCUGUUGCUGGCAUCACAGCGGGUUCUAUGGCAGCUGGUAUGAUGUCCACAGCGGCCAUCGCUAAUGGUGGUGGUGUGGCUGCUGGAAGUGUAGUCGCUCUCCUCCAGUCAGCAGGUGCUGCUGGUUUGUCCUCAGCAGCAACAGCUGGUGUGGCAUCUGUAGGUGGUGCUGCAGGGGGGCUAUUAGGUGGAGCUGUUCAUUUGUUGAAGAGGUUGAAGAAAUGAGAAAUGCACUCAAGCCUACAGCGUUUCUGCUCUUAAAUGCUCACAGUCCACAGACAGUUCAACACAAUCUCACAGCUAUUUGUAACUAAAUUGAUUUGUGGCUAAUUGUCUGAUGAAUGUUGUAUGAUCUUAUUUCUACAUGGUCUCCUCAUCUCCCUCAAUAACUGUUUGGUUUUUGGGUGGGGUUUGUGGACACACCUCCUUGUUAAAAAUCAGACGUUUUGAAUGAAAUUUUAUAAAUUCAAACUAAUUUGCCUUUUCUAGAAGUUUAUUAUGUUUCCUCAUGAGAACUAUGUAUGGAAGCAUAUCAGUAGGUAUGCAGUCAAUUCAUUUUGAAAAUGUAAAUGCAAAACAACAAUGCAGUAUGUAAAAGUGCAAUGUUCUAUUUUAAUUUGCAUUGCGCAUGAUGCGCAAUGGCGGGCGAGCAACUCAAUGUAGCGUGAUUUACAUUUAAUAUUUAAUAAAAUUCUGAAGAAAAAACGAA